AUGACUAAUCCAAAAUACGAAAUUUGUCUGAGCUACAUCAAUUCAUCUACUGGAGUACUACCCAUAGUUGCCAAACUACCGAUAUCUCUACAAGACAAGUGGACCUCUCAAGCAGCUGGAUAUAAAAAACGGAAUGAUGUAGCAUUCCCUCCAUUUUCCUUUUUUGUCGAGUUCAUCCGUGAAAUGUGCGAAAUCCGUAACGAUCCUGGACUUGUAUGUCAACCGUCCACAAACACAAACAUGGCAUACAGCAAACCUAGACCUACUGGCGCAGUCACUUCUCGUAAAAUUGAAAUUGUAUCAUCAACUCCGUCAACACGUUGUCCCAUACACAAUGCUGGACAUUCUUUGAACGAAUGCCGUGGUUUCAAAAGAAAAUCACUACGUGAGCGUCAAAACAUUCUACGUGAUAAGAAAUUAUGUUUCCGAUGUUGUGCCUCACAAAGUCAUGUGUCCAAAAAUUGUACAGCGGACAUUAAAUGUGAUAUUUGUGGUAAUCCUUAUCAUGUCACAGCGAUGCACAUUGAUCGUCGUUCUUCAAACCCCGAAUCCCCUACACCAGUCUCAACAGCGAAAACUGCCUUAAGCAAUGGCGGGGAGUAUGAAGAAGGAAAACAUGGGAGUCGUUCUUGCGGGAAGAUCGUUUUAGUGGACGUGUUUUGUCAAUCAAAUCCUGCGAUAGUUAUCCGUGUUUAUGCGACAAUCAAUGACCAGAGCAACCGGACGCUGGUGUCCCCUUAUUUGAUAGAUCGACUCGGAGUUACAGGAGAAUGUAAACCCUACACUCUUACGUCAUGCUCUGGUGUUACGACAGUCGCUGGACGCCGUGUGAACGGAUUAUGUGUCAAAGCCUUGGAUGGUACAACUACAUUCAACUUACCGGAAGUCAUUGAAUGUGAUUCUAUUCCUAGUGAGCAUCUUGAAAUACCUACUCCCAAAGUCGCUCAAUCACAACCGCAUCUACAAUGCAUUGCACCUUUCAUACCACCCCUAGAUCGCAAUGUGAAUGUUGAACUGCUCAUAGGACGUGACUUACCCGAUGUGCACCACCUUUCCAGUGUUCACAAUAUCAAUGUCAAGGACAAUGAUGAUGACAUAUUCAUACGAACACCAUUUGACAACAAGAUUGGACCUUCUGUUGAGGACCGCACGUUUGUAGCUCUUAUGGACGCAGAGUUCCACAAAGACACUGAUGGUUUUUGGUCCGCACCAUUACCUUUCAAGGAGUCAAAACCAGUGAUACCUAACAAUUAUUCACAGGCCUGGAAACGUGCUUUGAUCCUCAACACAAGUUUAAAGAAAGAUCAUCACAAACGACAAAACUUCUUAGCAUUCAUGUCAAAAGUCUUAGCUAGUGGGGCAGCAGAAGUUGCUCCUUCCGACAUACCUGGGGAAUGCUGGUAUUUACCCCUUUUUGGGGUGUAUAAUUCGAAAAAACCGGAUCAAAUCCGAGGAGUAUUCGACUCGUCGGCUGUGUUUCAUGACGUUUCAUUGAACAGUGUGUUAAUGUCUGGACCAGACUUAACAAACAACCUUGUUGGAAUCCUCAUGCGUUUCCGUGAAAAUGCAAUUGCUAUCAGUGGUGACAUUCAGCAAAUGUUUUAUGCAUUUCCUGUUCAUGAGGAUCAUCGUGAUUACCUCAGAUUCUUUUGGUACGAGGAUAACAACUUUGUAAAACCUUUAAUACAAUACCGAAUGAAAGCUCACGUUUUCGGUAACACACCAUCUCCAGCUGUUGCCACCUAUGGACUUCGAAAAUCAGUAUCUGUUGGUGACGAUGAUGUUCGUAAAUUUGUUUACAACAACUUUUACGUCGAUGAUGGACUGACGUCGCUUGCUACAGAAUCAGAAGCAAUCAACCUGAUGAGAAAAACACAAGCAACACUGAAAAACAACGGAAACAUUCGUCUCCACAAAAUCGCUUCAAACAGUGUGAAUGUGAUGAAAUCAUUUCCUAUAGAUGACCUAGGAAGCGAUUUGAAGGAACUAAAUCAUUGUGCAGACAUAUGCAACUUACCUGUACAACACAGUUUAGGAAUGCAGUGGGACUUAAACUGUGAUAUGUUUGUGUUCAAAAUCUCUAAUGCUGAAAAACCUUACACCCGCAGAGGCCUUCUAUCGACAAUGAACAGUAUCUUUAAUCCAAUGGGAUUUAUGUCUCCAGUCACUAUCAGUGGAAAAAUUCUACACCGUGAACUUGUAUCUCCUGGAUGUCACUGGGAUGAACCACUUACGGAGGAACAUUUGAGAAGAUGGCGAAUCUGA